UGGGGGGAACGGGGGGUCCUGACGCCACGGCAGGGCCCAGAGGGGCCGGGGCAUAGGGGUCAGGGUCUGCGGGUCUUGUCCUGCCCUGUGGCAGAGCAUAUAAGGUCUCGGUCUGUGUGGGCUGCUGCCCUUAGAGUGUGUCCUGCUCUGUAUUGGAGCCUAUAGGGUGUGGGGCUAUAGGGGUCGGGGUCUGUGUACCCUCUUCUGGCCAAUGGCAGAACCCACUGGGGCCAGAGUCAUAAGGGCUGGUGUCCUUGCAACCUGUCCUGUCCUAUGAUGGAUGUAUAGGGGCUGAGUCCAGAGUUACUGGGGUCCAUGCAGCAUGUCCUGCCCCAUGGCAGAACCCAAUGGGGGCUGGGGUCUGGGGUCUCUGCUCCAUGGCAGAGAAUAUAGGGCUGGGUCCAUUGGGCUGCUGCCCUUGGAGCUUGUCCUGCCCCACGGCGGAGCCCAUAGGGCUGUGCCUGCUGGUGUUGUCCUUCCUGGGUGCGCUGUGCCCUGUGGCACUGCCUAUAGGGCUGGGCUGCAGGGCUGCCCUUCCUGGGCCGUGCCCUUCCCCACGGCAGAGCUUAUAGGGAUGGAGACCUGCAGCAGGUCCCACUGGGGCUGCAUAGGGGUUGCUUGACCCUAUGGUCCCCAUAGGGUCCCCUUACAGAUCCCAUAGGGGCUGACUAUUGGGAGAUGCUCUGCCCUACAGGAUUCUCUGAAAGUCCUUGUUCUGGAGUGUGAUGUGUCCCGUAGCCCAUCCCAUAGGAUGCACCCCAGUAAAGACCAUGCUUUGGGUCUUCCUCCUCCAUCUGUAGGAUCCCUCUGGGAACCUCUGUGCCCUGUAACUCUUCCCUGCCCCUGUAGAUGCUCUGUCCCUUCCAUAGCGAAUCUGCAUUUCCUUAUAGACCCUCUGGCUCCCCAUGAACCCCUCUACAGGUGGUGCUGUCCCCCUCCCACAGAGCCCCACUGCGAUGUUCCCAUAGGCACUGCUCUGUAGGGCCCCAGAGCCCCACAGAUCCCAUUCCUGUCCCUUUCAGGGCUGCUCUGCUUGUAAAUUCCACGCGGCCUUUGUGGCUCCAUCCUUAUCUCUGCUGAUAAGAGCCAUGUCCCAGCCCUGCUCCUCCCACCCCGAGCACCUCUGGGACUGUGAGUCCGUUCCCUCCAGACCUUGUUAGGAUCGAGAUAAUUGUUUUGGAACUGCCCAAGGCUGAGCCCCAUCCCACAGUGUUGCUCCAGGACCUCAUGGCAUCACUGGUGCCGACCCUUCCCGGCUGCGGGCGGCCGUAACGCGGCACCUCCUGCAUCUUUAAUGCUGCCCUACUUUGCCCAGUGCUCAGCUUCAGCAGGAGAGAAAUGCAUGCACAGUGGGACGCGAUACCCCCAGCCCCGAUCUGCCCCAUUGUGCCCAGUGCUGCUGGGGUCUUGGUGCCAAUGGAACCCUAAAUGCAGCUUGGCGCUGCCCCCAUCCCUGCAGUGCGGGGUAGGGCUGCCCAGCUCAGCUGUCCCCAGGAUAACCCGUCCCUAUGCUCCGUGCCCGCUGUUCCAACCCUUUGUUUGGAGCGUGCGGAUUGCUCUGGGCUGGGUUUGCUUCCCACCACCCUGACCAGUCAGGCUGGUUUGGAGCGCGGCUUCCAGCUUGGGUCCCAUAGAUAAGAAUCCCAUAGAUAACGAUUCCGUAGAUAGCGGAGCAGGGCUCCCAGCUUGGAUCCCAUAGAUAAGGAUCCUGAUCCCUUAGACAGUGAUCCCAUUUAAAAUGCUGCUUCCAGCCCUGAUCCCAUAGAUAACAAUCCCAUAGAGAGCACAGCUUCCAACCUGGAUUCCAUAGAUAAGGAUUCCCUAGGUAACAAUGCCAUAGACAAUGUGAUUUCCAGCUUAGAUCCCAUGGGUAAUGAUCCUACAGACAGCAUGCUUUCCAGCCCUGCUCCUGUAGGCAGCAAUCCCAUACAGAACGUGGCAUCCAGCCCUGAUUCCAUAGAUAUCUAUCCCACAGUACCUCCUUUUCUGGCAGUGAUCCCACAGAGAGCGUGCCUUUCAGUCCCAACCCCAAAGACAUCGAUCUGGCCAUUAGGGCUGGCCUUUGGGUUGGCUGUUUUCAUGGACUGUUGGGGUUGGCCAUGAGGGUUGGUUGUCAGGGUUGGCUGUUGGGUUUGGCCACUUUUGUGGACCAUUGAGUUGACCACUGGGAUUGGCCAUUGGGGUUGGCCGCACGUGUGGACUGUUGGUGUUGGCCAUUUGUGUUGGCUGUUGGGGUUUGCCUUGGACCACUGGGUUGUGACCCACUGGCAGCCAUUCAUCCCAGGACAGCUUUCCUCAAUAACUGUUGGGUUUUAGGGCUGCAUGCCCGCCGCAGCAGGGCAGGGAUUGGGACGGGGCCGUCGGUGGCCUGGUUGAUGAUUAACCUGAGGUGACGUCCCUGGGGUGUGGGGCGGACGCAGCCCCGUGACGCGCUCCUGGUUUCGGGUUUCGGAUCCUUGCACAGCCCCGGUGUUGGUCGGGGUUGCAGGCAGGGCGCUGCCAGCACACGGAACCACGCAGACUUUGUUCCUAUUGAGCAAUCGGUGCUGCAGGUGGAGCAGAGCCUUUGGUGCAGAGAGCCUGAAGCCCAAAAAACAGGCGGAAAAAAGAGAUAUUUUUGUGCUCAGAUCCUGCUGUCCCCGUUCCCGUGCCUCGGGCUGGGACGUGCGGUGCCGAUGGCCUUCCCCUCCCUGCGCUGCCCGUCCGUUGCACAACAGCUCUGUGGGUUGCGGUGCCCACAAAGGGCCCUUUGUGCUCCGUAUCUGCAUGAGCAGAGUUGGCCGCCUGCCACACGCAGCCGCAGGGACCCAACGGGCAGAGCUGGGUGCCAUCGGGCUCUGUGGGCGAAGUGCCCCCAGGGACAACAAAUAGGGUCCCCAUUUUCGUCACCCUCAUUUGCACUGCGAUUCCCCUCCUGGGGGCUGUGUGCUGUUGUGGGAUCAGCGCUGCGUUCCCGUGUUGGAAUGCGGUCUGUUCCCCUUUAUCUGAGUGCUGGAGCCCAGCCAGGACGGGGCAUUCCCGGGGAUUAGUGCUCACCUGCUCCUGGCUCGAGCUGUGGGGCUGCACCCUCUGCGUACCCAUGGAGGAAAAGAAUCCAUCCUCACUACUGCACCCAUAGGGUGGCAAUGGGGUGGCCAUGGGGAGAUCAUGACUGUGGGGAAUCUUUAGGGUGGCCGCAGGGAAAUGGUGCCAUGGGGUGACCGUGGGGACACAACGUUCAUGGGAAAACCAUGACUGUGGGGUGGCCGUGGGAUGGCAGUGGGGUGACCAUAGGGUGACCGCAGGAUGACCAUGAGGACAUUUGGGAUCUGGUGCUGAUCUCGUUACUGUGAUGCCAUGUGGGGACAACGAGCUCAUGGCAGUGGCCCACGUCCCCAUGGCCGCCCUGCUGGGUGCCAGGUGCUGCCACCUUUGCCAUCUGCUCGGGGCUGGUUCCCUGCCACGGCUGAGCUUGGCACCAACUCUCCACCAUGUGUUGGGUUCAGCAAAACCUCAGCACCGGCACCGCGGGGUCCCUGUGGCCAUUUGUCCUCUGCUGUGUGCCCGGAGCUGACGCUUUGGGGUGGGCACAGGGGUGGAUGUGUGAGGGCAGCACUGGGGUGACAUCGGGACCGAAAGCUGGAAACGUGAGAUUUUGGUGCCGUUUUUCCUUUCUCCCUACGUGCGGGACGUGGUGACCCCGGCUCUGUGCCACCAUCCCAUGGCCGUGCGCUGAGCGCGCGGUGCCCGCGGUGCCGCUCACAGUGCGGUUAUUUUGGGCAGCGCACGGAGCUGCCGGCACCGGAGGCAGCGGUGGAGGAGCGCAGCGCUGUGGGGCCGGGGCUGCCCGGGGCUCUGCUGUCGCUCCGCAUCAGUCCUGCCGGAGCUCCCGGCGCUGCGGUGUCCGCGGUUCGGUGGUGACGGAGGGCGAGCGGAGGACGUCGGUGAGUGCCGGGUGUCAGCGCUGCGCUGGGCUGCGGGGUCGGUCCGGCUCUGUGGGGUCGGAGCUGCAUGGGGCUGAGGGUGCUGUGUGGGGCUGGCGGUCCACCGGCGCUUUCUGUGAGUGUUUCGCUGUCGGUUUGAUCUGAGGAAAGGGCUCCGUCUGUGCUCAAAGCACAGUGGGAUCGGGGGCUGUGCUGUGCGUGGGAGCAGUGCCACCGGGUCCGCAGCGCUGUGGGGUCGCAUCCCCGCUGUGGGACUGCAUCUGCACUGUGGGACCUUGUCUGUCUUAUGGGGCGGCAUCAACCCCAUGGGUCUACAUCUGCCUUAUGGGGCCACGUCCACUCUGUGAUGCAGUGUCCCUACUGUGGGUCUGCGUACCCCCUAUGGGGCCAUGCCUGUCCCUGUGAGGCUGCAUUCCCACUAUGGGGCCACAUCUAUGCUAUGGGACCAUGUGAGCCAUACGGGGCCGCAUCCCCCCAGCACUGGGGAGCACAGACCGUGGGUCCCAGUGUGACUCUGCCCUCUCCCCAGAACAGCAGCACCGCACCUGGCAUGGAGCGCACGGCGGAGAAGCAGAGCCCGGUGGACUACGGCGUCCAGAUCCGCUUCAUCAAUGACCUCCAGGAGCCCAAGAAGGCCCCGAAGGCGCGCGCCAAGCCGGGCUCCUACGGGGUGGCCGUGCGCGUGCAGGGCAUCGCGGGGCAGCCUUUCGUUGUCCUCAACAGUGGCGAUAAGGGCGGAGAUUCCUUUGGGGUGCAGAUCAAAAGCGACUGCUCGUACCCUGCAGGGACCGCCAGCCCACGGCCCCCGGAUCCGCCCCCUGAGCCGGACCUCCCUGAGAACCCCUAUGUGCACCCACAGCCUUCCUACAGCGUGUCGGAUGAAGAGAACGGUGCCGCCCCGGUGCCCACCCGGCACAAACCCCAUAGCAAGAUGGGGGCUGAGCUGCGCCGGACGCAGUCCCACGGCAAUCUGCUGGCUGCUGUCGAUGAGCCCAUGGCCACCAGGAGCAGCAGCACGCUGAGCAUUGCCCACCCCACACACCGCAAAAGCUCUGCGAUUGGGUUCACACCCUCCUCAGACUCGGAGAACCCAGAGUCACGGCACGCAGGUGGUGACAUCGACACCGAACCGCUCUGCUCCGUGAAUUCGCUUAUCAGUAAAUUUGAUGGCAAAGUGCAGCAGCGCGGCCGUGCGGCGCGGCGAUCCCGCGUGGCCCCGGAGGAGAGGAAGCGCUCGCAGAGCCUGGAUGCCCGCAGCACCGUUCCUGAUGGCCGCGCUGUGGGUGCACCGUCCCCAUUGCCCACCGGGGCGGGCAGAAGUGCAAUGGGGAAUCGUGGCACUGAGGAGCGGUCACAGAGCAAAGCCCAGACAGAGCUGCAGCUGAAGUCAACGCCGGAUCUGCUGCGGGACCAGCAGGAGGUGGCCCAGCCCGGCAGCAGUGAGGACCCCAAGGAGCUCAUCUAUGGGAUCCUGAAGGAGGGGAGCAGGGACAGCGGCGCGAUGCUGAAGAGGAAGGCUGCACUGGUGCUGGAGAAGCUGCAGGAGGUGGCGGCACCCACCAAGGGGACAGCGUGCACCCAGCCCCAGCACCGUGCAUUGGCCCAGAGGGUGGAGGAGCUGCAGGAGAGGUUGGACGAGGAGAGCAAGCUCCGCCAGAAGCUGGAGCUGACCAAGGAGCGCAGCACCGCACGGGCGCUGGAGGAGGCACAGGAGGAGAGUGCACGGCUGCGGGCAGCGCUGGAGAAGAGAAUGCAAGAGCUGCAGAGGAGCACAAAGGAGCUCGGGGAGGCGAAGGCAGCACAGAUGCGGGCAGAGGAGCAGCUGAAAGCGGUGCGCACAGAGAUGGGCACAGCGGUGGACACCAACGCUCUGUACAAGGAGCUGGAGGAGGCCCGUGAGGAGCUGGAGGAGGCCCUGAGCUCUCGGCAGCGGUUGGAGGAACAUCUGCGGCUGCGGGAACGGGAGCUGACGGCGCUGAAAGGGGCUCUGAAGGAAGAGGUGGCCAACCAUGACCGCGAGCUGGAGCGCGUGCGGCUGCAGUGUCACAGCGACAUGGAGCAGCUCCGGCGCAGCGUGGAGGACAUCUCACAGAACCGGGCCGACCUGGAGUCAGAGAAGCAGAAAAUCGGUGUGGUGGUGCGAAACCUUCAGCGUGAACUGGAGGAGAGUGCCGAGGAGACGGGGCACUGGAGGGAGAUGUUCCAGCGGAACAAGGAUGAGCUGCGUGCUGCCAAGCAGGAACUGCUGCAGGUGAAGAUGGAGCGGGAGGAGUUCGAGGAGGAGCUGCGGGAGCUGCGGGAGCGCUUCACGGCCACGCGGGAGGAGGUGGAGAGGGCGCGGAGCAGUGCAGUCGACCCCGGAGAGAUGGAAGCGCUGCGCACGGAGCUGCGCCGGGUGCGGGAGGCACAGCGGGAGCUGAUGGAGGAGAAGGAGCAGCAGGAGGAGGUGGUGAGGCAGCGGGAAGAGGAGCUGCAGGCACUGCGCAGCACUGUGCGGGAUGAGGCCCAGAGCCACAGCGGAGCCAUGGAGCAGUGCCACCGUGACAUGGAACGGCUGCGGGAGGAGAGGGACGAGGCUGUCAGGGCGAAGGUUUCUCUGGAGGAUGAGAGGGAGGCAGCAGAGGUAGCGCUGCGGGAGCUGCAGGAGCAGCACGAGGAGCUGCGGAGGAAGGUGCAGGGCAUGGAGACGCAGCUGAAGGACUAUGAGCUCAUGGGGGAAAACUGGGAGGGCUCCCAGGCACGGCUCCGCGAGAAAGUCACCAAAUUAGAGGCAGAGCGCAGACGAGCAGAAGAGUCAUUGGGCGAAGCCACAGACCGUGAGCAGGAGCUGCUGCGGGCUCAGCGGGCGCUGGAGACGCGUCUGGAUGAGGCGCAGAGGGGAAUGGCACGGCUGGCACAGGAGCAGCGGGAGCUGAGCGCGUCCCUCCAGGACGAGCAGAGGCAGAAGGAGCAGCUGAAGCGUGCCAAGAGCGAGCUGGAGGAGCAGAAGCGGCUGCUGGACCGCAGCACCGAGAAACUGAACAGAGAGCUGGAGCAGAUGACAGAGGAGUCCAACCGCUCACUGGCUGCACUCAAGGCUCAGCUGGAGGAAUGCAAGGAGAAAUCCCGCAAGGAGAUCACUGAUUCCCAAAAACAAGCCAAGGACCGCGGUGCCGAGGUGGAGAAGAUGCAGUUCAGCGUGGGACGGCUGCAGGACGAGGUCAGCAGGCUGAAGCAGGCGGUGCAGGACAGCCAGGCGGAGCGGGACGGCGCGCUGCUGGAGAGGGAUGUGAUGCUGCAGCGCCUGCGUGGCCUCGAGGAGGAGGUGGAUGCCAAGAGGCGCUCCCAGGACGAUCGCUCGCGGCAGCUCAAGGCGCUGGAGGAGAAGUCCAAGCGCCUGGAGGAGGAGCUGGAGGAGGAGCGAAGCACGGCCGAGCUGCUGACCGAGCGUGUCAACCGCAGCCGUGACCAGAUUGACCAGCUGCGUGCUGAGCUUCUGCAGGAGCGCUCGAGCCGCCAGGACCUGGAGUGUGACAAGGUCUCACUGGAGCGCCAGAACAAGGAGCUGAAGAGCCGCCUGGCCAGCUCCGAGGGCAUGCAGAAGGCGGGUGGCUCCGUCUCACAGCUGGAGGCACGCGUGGAGGAGCUGCAGGACCGGCUGCAGGCCGAGGAGAGGGAGAAGAGCAUCCUCCAGUCCUCCAACCGCAAACUGGAGCGCAAGGUGAAGGAGCUGACCAUCCAGAUCGAUGACGAGCGGCAGCACAUCAACGACCAGAAGGACCAGCUGAGCCUGCGUGUGAAGGCGCUGAAGCGGCAGGUGGAUGAGGCCGAGGAGGAAAUCGAGCGGCUGGAAGCUGCCCGCAAGAAGGCGCAGCGGGAGCUGGAGGAGCAGCACGAGCUCAACGAGCAGCUGCAGGGCCGCGUCAAGGCGCUGGAGAAAGAGGCCUGGCGCAGAGCUGCCCGUGCGGCCGCCGACUCCUCGCUGCAGGACGAUGCGCUCAGCUCCGACGAGGACCUGGACAGCACCUAUGGGCCCUCCUCCAUCGCCUCGCUGCUCAACGAGGCCAACCUGCAGACCAGCUCCUGCUGAGCCCCACAGAGCCCCCAGGGCUGCAGGAACUGCUCAGAGAUCUCCGCACCGCUGGCGUCGGCCAUCGGCCCUCUUCUUCUGCGUGGCUUUUCGCCCCUGCUGGACCCAGGGUUGGUGGCUGUGAGGAUGGAGCCAGUGGUCCCCAGGGAAUGCCACCGCCCCUCAGCUCCGAUUUAUUUUUAUAUGCAAUCAUCUCCUUCGUUCCUCACCGCUCUUUUCCCUCUCAAAGUGCUAUUUUCAAUAAAAUGGACCAUUCCAA